CAGAUACGCAGCGAUCCAAUGCACCGAACAUGCGUGUGUUCUGCUGACAGCAGAUUAACAGGUACUUGCGCCUAGGCUUGGGAUUGGUUCUACGGUAGUUUUGCGGGUUGUUCUAUUUUUGGUGGGGCGGGAGAGGUUGUCAACGUAGCACCUCAUCGGCUGAUAUAUGGAGGAGCCAUGCGGAUUGCACAGCGAACAACCACAACUCCGUUAAAUUGGCCUUGGGCCGCUCUGUUGCCAAUUUUGUGCUGUUUUCAACCUCACCUCUCCUCCCCCCAGCACAUCGGUCCCUAAACAGUAGCCAUGACGUUUUUAACUCCGACAGCAUUCCAAGUCUUCCUUUCAAUAUCAGGCCUGAUGACUGGCUAUAUUGCUGCGUUUAUUAUGUCCUUUAUUGCAGCAUGUAUGAAGUCGGUACAAUUCGCACAGUACACAACGUCAGGCAUGAUGAUGUUGGCUGCAUUCCCGCGGUGGACAAACCAUCUUACUCCGUGGAGGAAGCUUGGGUAUUUUGUGUGCCUGGUCAUCGUGCUUCUUUCAUACCACUCCUCUAUCGCGCUUGAGCGUUUUGGAAGGUACGGAAUGGAAUAUGUUGUUGGAGAGAAUGCAACAGUUGCCAUCGAUUUUAACCUGCUAGCGACCGUCCCGCCUAGCAAGUGCAAAGACUACCUCGCAGACAAUCUCCAGUGGUACAAUUGCACUGCCAUCGCCGACCCACGCGAAUUCCAAAUUCUGCCAUUGGAGGACCAGCAGUUCUCGACAAUGUUCAACGACACGUCUCGCGGAUGGACAAUCGACAGGGAGGAUGUUGAGACCGCAUGGGUGUCUCCUCAAUUGUACCUUCAGAACGGCGCGUUUGUCGCUCUGCCCGACCUGUCGAGAUCAUACCCUCAGAACAAGUCGUCUGUAUUCGAGCCAGACCAUGUUGUGCUGACGAACAUGACUUAUUUUGAUGUUCAAAGUCUGUACCCUAUCUCUGGACGAACACACAGCGGAGUAUACAAUGCCCUGAACAUCUUUGCCACCACGCAGUACAAUCUUGGCCCAAAGGGACUGGUGGACUACUACAGUGACAACUCCCGCCUGACACAAGGAAUCUACGCCAUUCAGCUGGACAAGGACAUGAUCCUGUACUAUCACGUUCGGGUUAACAGCACACACCACGCGUACAACUCCACCUAUUGCAAGGACACGCCGUAUGGGGAUAUGUUUAUGGAGCAUUACGCCAACAUUGCCGAUGCCGGUGUGCCCUUCAGCGAGCUCGACAGCAACAAAGUACACAACUAUACUGGCCAUGUUGCCGACAUUGGUUUUGAACACACCGAUUCCUCGUUCAAGGUGACGCUUACAAGCAUCAGCCAGCAGAACGCACGUCUUGGCUACAUGAGCAGCAACAUGUGUGACACCUACUACUACCAGUCGGAAAUCAGAUACAAGAUCGUUCAGACCGAAUCCACUGGUGGUGGCACAGUCGCUCCUGCAGAAUUUGGCACCAGCAUUGUGACUAUGGACGAGAACGGCUACAACAUUGCAGGAAUUUCGUUCUGUAGCUCAAUUGCGCUAUUCAAUGACCCGUUUGCGCGCUGUGACUGGGGGAGCUUCACUAAAACCAUCCAAUACUACCACCCGCUUGUCAAGAGCGUGAUGAGCUACAAGGGCGACCUACCGCCUGGCGAGAUCCAUGUAGCGGGGAACAAGUACAGCAUCAAGGAGGGAAUCUAUAUCGGAGCAGCGGCCAAGGCAGUGUUCGGUCUGAUUGCCGGCCUUGCUGCUAUCUUUGCUAUUAUACAGAUAACCGUGCCUGGGUUCGGCCCGUAUUCAUCACACGCCAUGGACAUUAUCGCUGCUGCAUCGCUCGAAGAGCCGGGGAAGCUGGAUGCGUUCCCUUGUGUGGCAUUCCAGUAUGACGGCAACCACAUAGAUGGCUACAGAGUCCGCCUUAAUGGCUAUGAAGUGCAGCUUCGACAAUAUGAGCAGCCCGGGAUGUCGCGCAAGUCAUUGGCGCCUUGGGCAAAGGCGAGCCAGAGUGAUACCUUUUCCGACGCCGACACUGUAUUCAGGAACUCGGGCGUAUUUCGUCACCCUGUUUACAGGAAUGUUUAAACACGGCACUAAGCUAAUCUAAUAAAUAUUGUCCUUUCAUACAGCUUCAACGCUUAUACACGAAUUUCCAGCACACCGAAUAUUGCAAACGAUUGGCCGGAGCACCACACGGCCCACGCAUUUGCACUAUAUCGGUGUUUGCGACUACCGAACAAUGGCCCUGAAACAGUCUACCAGGCCCAGCGGUCCUUUAGACUCUGUCUGAAACGCCGAGGGGCGGACAAGGACGGGAGGACCCAUCCGGGGCCUGUUGCUGGCCAC